AUGACGACGACCUGUUGCAAACAAGGAGGAACCCAAACACCACCGCCUCCUACCAAUUCUCUUCCAUUUCUUUCGUUCGAUCUCGUGACAGAAAUUCUGUGCCAGCUCCCCGUGAAAAAUCUCCUUCAACUCCGUUGCAUCUGCAAGUCAUGGAAUUCUCUUAUCUCUCAUGAUUCCGAAUUCACUAUGAAGCACCUUCGCUUGUCAACCUCCAACCUCGACCGCCACCACCUCUUCCUAAGCUCUCUACGCACCUCACGUUUGUUACAUCUAUCUGAUUCAUCAAUCUCCUCUUUUUUCAGUCCCCCUUCCACUACUAGUUUCACCCAAAUCAACCACUACUCUCCCAUUCUUAAUAAGAAUCUAAACUUUGGUGAGAGAGUUUCAACUUAUGAUGGCAUGCUCUGUGUUAGGAUUGAUUCAUCUUCUGCUCUUUUGUGUAACCCUUCCAUUAGAAAAUUCAAGAUAUUGCCUCCUUUAAUAAAUCCAGACCAAAAUUAUUUACAAUCCUCAUUCACCUUAGUUUAUGAUCGUUUCACUAAUAACUAUAAGAUUUAUUCUCUUUCAAAGACCACUGACGGAUAUAAACAGGUUAAUGUUCAUACUUUGGGUACCGAUUAUUGGAGAAAGAUUCAGGACUUUCCAAAGCAUUAUUACCUCGUUCAAAAUCCGGGAAUAUCUUUGAGUGACACUGUUAAUUGGUUGGUAUAUCAUGAUCGUAGUUUUGCGAGGGUCAUUGUUUCUCUUGAUUUGGAGAAUGAGUUGUGUCAAGAGCUUUUUCACCCUCUUUAUAAUUACAAACCUGGAACUUGCAUUGCCUUGGGGGUGCUGAGGGAUUGCUUGUGCAUUUUUUCUCAUAGUGACAAGUUUUCUGAUGUUUGGAUCAUGAAGGAAUAUGGAAAUGUAGAAUCUUGGACUAAAUUGUUAAGUGUUCCUCAAAUGGGAGGUUGUGGUUGUUAUAUCUAUACCAAAGUAUUAUAUAUAUCUGAAGAUGGCCUAAUGCUGAUAUAUUUUUUCAAGAGAGGGAAAUUUAGGUUGGCUGUCUAUGAUUCCAUUAAUGAUACAUUGAAGAUUCCUGAAAUUCAAAACAAUAUCCAUGAUCUGGUAAAAGAAGUCUACCUUCCAGAAGUCUACAUUGAAACUUUGAUAUCACCUCUUUCUCAGUAUUAA